AUGAUAAGCUGUACCACCAGUAUCCCUGAUGAGAAGCUGGCCAGCAUCAUGGGCUGUACUGUGAAAGACCAUACUUUUUUGGCCAAGAAGCCAGGCUGCAAAGGCCUUGCGAUCACCACAUCUUCCUGCUGGGGCCAUUGCCUGACUUGGGAGAAGCCCAUACUGAGACCUCCCUACAUUAAAUCCUUUCAACAAGCCUGCACCUAUAAUGUGAUCAAAUACAAGACCGUCCAGCUGCCGGACUGUGCUCCCGGAGUGGAUCCCAACUUCACCUACCCGGUGGCUGUCAGCUGUACCUGUUCUAAGGGCUGCAAUAUGGACAGCACGGAGUGUGAAAGCAUCUGA